GGCACCCUCCAUGGCCUCCGAGGAGGAGGAGAGGCCCGGGGGGUCUGGUGGCCCCCAAGGCCCCGGGCCCCGGCACCGACGGGGCCACGGUGGGGACCAGAGAGACGCGGGGGCCCUCUCAGAAGACUCCAGGCAGGAGGGAGCCCCCGACCUGCUGCAGUGGACUCGACAUAUGGAGGAGGUGAAGAUGGAGCUGCUGGAGCAGGCCCAGGUGCAGCUGGCCGAACUGUUGGACCGAGCUGUGAGAGAAGGGGUCCGGUCCUGCCCGACACGCGGAGGGGGUCUGCUGCCGGCCCCGGCCCCGCUCCAGAACCGUGGCAGGACCAAGGAUGCUCCGGUGUGGAAGCAGAAAGUCUUUGUGGACCGCAUGUCGUUACUGGACGAGCUGAUGGAAGUAGAGCACUUUCGGACCAUCUAUCACAUGUUCGUGGCUACUCUGGUCAUCUUCAUCAUCAGCACGCUGGCCACUGACUUCAUCGACAAGGGCAGGCUGGUGCUGGAGUUGGAUCUCCUGAUGUUCAGCUUUGGGCAGCUGCCGCUGGCCCUGGCCACCUGGUUGCCCAUGUUCCUCUACACCCUGGUAGUGCCCUACCAGGUGCUGAGGGCGGGGGUGGCGGGGCUGCCCACCCUGCCCACCCUGCGCUGGAGGCUGCUGGGCACGGCCGGGCUGGGGGCACUGCUGGCAGCCGGCCACGCCGCUGUACUGGUCGCCUUCCCCAUCUACGUGGCCCUGGAGUACCGGCUGUCCCCGGCCUCCCGCUGCAUCCUUGUCUUCGAGCAGGUCCGGUUUCUGAUGAAAAGUUACUCCUUCCUGCGGGAGGCCACUCCCAACAUCCUCUUCAGCAAAGCAGGUGAAGGGUCGCGAGCGCCCAGUUUUUCCAGCUACCUCUACUUCCUCUUCUGCCCCACGCUCAUCUACAGGGAGAGCUACCCCAGGACGCCCUCCGUCCGGUGGAAUUACGUAGCCAAGAACAUUGCUCAGGCCUGCGGCUGUGUCCUCUACGCCUGCUUCAUCCUGGGCCGCCUCUGCGUCCCCGUCUUCGCCAACAUGAGCCGGGAGCCCUUCAGCACUCGAACUCUGGUCCUCUCCAUCUUCCACGCCACCCUGCCCGGCAUCUUCAUGCUGCUGCUGAUUUUCUACGCGUUCCUCCACUGUUGGCUCAACGCUUUUGCUGAGAUGCUACGCUUCGCGGACAGGAUGUUUUACAGGGAUUGGUGGAACUCCACGUCUUUCUCCAACUACUAUCGCACCUGGAACGUGGUUGUGCAUGACUGGCUCUACAGCUACAUCUACCAGGACGGCCUGCGGCUGCUCCGGAUCCGGUCCCGGGGGCCGGCCAUGCUGGCCGUGUUCCUGCUUUCGGCCUUGGUGCACGAGUACAUCUUCUGCUUCGUCCUUGGCUUCUUCUACCCCGUCAUGUUGCUGCUCUUCCUUGGCUUUGGAGGGGUGCUGAAUUUCACGAUGAACGACAGGCGGAAGGGCCCGGUGUGGAACGUGCUGAUGUGGACGAUGCUGUUCCUGGGCCAGGGCAUCCAGGUCAGCCUGUACUGCCAGGAGUGGUACGCCCGGCGACACUGCCCACCCACGGAGGGCACCAUCUGGGAGCUGGUGACGCCGCGCUCCUGGUCCUGCCGCGUCUGAGACCCCCGAGAGACCAGAGACAGAGGCAGAGACAGACAGAGACGACGGAGAGAGACACCCCCAAACCCCGAACCCUCCAGCGCCGCCCCUGCC